CCAAAUUCACAAGGAGCCGGCCCAACAGGUCUCUCAGUUGAGACUGGGACUCUCAGUUGAGUUGACAGGGAGAGUGCAGUUGCCAAGGUUAUAAUGCAUAAGUUUGAAGACCGAAUUUAAUCUUUAGGUUGAUAUGAAACCCCAUAUAUCUUCUAAAAAGUGAGAGGUGAAGUCUGUGAAGAGCGACUUUCAACCAGUGCCGCAAAGCUGAUUUUUGUCAUUCACCCAGAGUUUCACCAUGGCAAGUGGAGUUUUGGGCCGUCUUAGUACACUGACAUUGAGUAUACAGCAGCUGGGUCAGUUACCACACUUGUCGAACUGGUUGCCCCGUCUACCUUUACCUAAAGCCACCGUACUCGCCUCUGAGGUGCCGAGUCUGUUUCGUGAGCCCUACAUCUUGUCGGGCUAUCGUCCGGUCCAUCAGGAAUGGCUGAGCUACUUCUGUAGCCUCUUUCAAAGUCACAACGAGUCGCUCAAUGUAUGGACACACCUGCUGGCGAUCCCUGCUGUUCUACUCCACUUUUCUUUAUUCGCAGUCACAUGGGGGCUGACGCUCAAUGUGGCGUCUUUGCCUCUGUUUUUAUACGUGUUGUCGUCACUUACCUACCUCAGUUUCAGUGUGGCCGCCCACCUGCUGCAGUCACAGUCUGAGCUGGCCCAUUACUCCCUCUUCUUUGUAGACUAUGUUGGCGUAGCUGUUUACCAAUAUGGCUGUGCACUUGGCCACUAUUUUUACUGUUCUGAGCCAGUAUGGAGACAAAGCCUAGUGGGUGCUGUGUUUCUACCUGGUGCCGCGGUGCUGGCCUGGUUGUCCUGCGGCAGUUGCUGCUACGGCAAAUUCCGUUACCGCCGUCCAUACCCUCUCCGCCGCAAGAUCUGCCAGAUCAUUCCCACCAGCCUGGCCUACUUGCUCGACAUAAGCCCUGUAGCGCACCGCCUGGUCACCAGAUCUUGGGACGAGCCAGUGUUGGUGUUUCACGCCCUGCAAGUGGUGUUUUUUGUGUUGUCGGCUCUGUUUUUCUCUUGCCCAGUUCCUGAGCGCUUCUUUCCAGGGAGAUGUGACAUUGUGGGUCACGGACAUCAGAUCUUCCACAUCUUCCUGGCCAUGUGUACUCUGUGCCAGCUGGAGGCAAUGUUUAGAGACUAUCUGGUGCAUCAGCAGUCUGUAGUAAGUGUGCAUGGAGAACACUUCAUUCUACUGGCUGGAGGAUCGUUCUUCUUAUUGGUGUUGUGCAGCGUUCUGACUGCAGUUCUAAUGAGAGAAGCUGUGCAAAGACAGCUGAAGAAGAAAGACUGCAAACAAAUUUGAAAAGAUUUUAUAAAACAGAUUUGCUUAGUUACACAGUACCACAAGGUAUUUAUUAAUAUAAAUGUCAAAAUUAAUUUUAUUUUAGCGCAUUUAUUAUGAGAAUUGUGAAAAGAUGUCACUUUUCUUUUUUUCUUUUUAUUUUACUUUAAAAGUACAUAAUCACAUUUUGAAAUCCCACACU